GCUUAUCACAAUUCUUCUCUCUCUUUCUAUCCCCGUUUUUCUCUUUCUCCUCCUUCAAAUCCCUAGCCCCCUUUCCUUGUAUAAAUACUCAGCCAGAAGAGCUCCAACACAGAAAAAGCUAGAGAGAGAAAGUAGAGCGAGAAAAUACUGAAACCCUUCCUCGCCAUUCUCGUUCUGCUCCGACGCCUGUCGAUCUGUGCCGAGGAAUCUCUGGCAGGUAUUGUUGAUCUGUUCGGUUUUGGAUCUUUCAGGCGAGUUUUGUUUAACCACUUCAGGGCAACGUCAUGUCUUCGCUCAGCAGAGAGCUUGUUUUUCUUAUACUUCAGUUUCUCGACGAAGAGAAAUUUAAGGAGACUGUUCACAAGUUGGAGCAAGAAUCGGGAUUUUUCUUUAACAUGAGGUAUUUCGAGGAUAUGGUGACGAAUGGGGAGUGGGAUGAGGUGGAGAAGUACUUGUCUGGUUUUACGAAGGUCGAUGACAAUAGAUACUCCAUGAAGAUCUUCUUUGAGAUACGGAAGCAGAAGUACUUAGAAGCAUUAGACAAGCAAGAUCGAGCUAAAGCGGUGGAUAUUCUAGUGAAGGACUUGAAAGUAUUCGCAGCAUUUAAUGAGGAGCUUUUUAAGGAAAUCACACAAUUGUUGACUUUGGAUAACUUUAGACAUAAUGAACAGCUAUCUAAGUAUGGAGAUACAAAAUCUGCCAGAGGCAUAAUGCUGGCUGAACUGAAGAAAUUAAUAGAAGCUAACCCUCUGUUUCGUGACAAGCUUCAAUUUCCUACCUUGAAGAACUCCAGAUUGCGGACUCUAAUUAAUCAGAGUUUAAAUUGGCAGCAUCAACUUUGUAAGAAUCCGAGGUCUAACCCUGACAUAAAGACCCUUUUUGUAGACCAUAGUUGUGGGCAACCAAAUGGUGCACGGGCCCCAUCCCCUGUCACCAAUCCCUUAAUGGGUGCUGUCCCAAAGGGCGGAGGUUUCCCACCAUUAAGUGCUCACGGACCAUUUCAGCCCACACCUGCUGCUCUUCCAACAUCCCUUGCUGGAUGGAUGGCCAACCCAUCUCCUGUUCCACACCCUUCGGCUUCUGCAGGACCCAUAGGUUUGGCUGCAGCUAAUAAUGCAGCAGCUAUUUUAAAGCGCCCCAGAACCCCUCCUACCAAUAACCCAGCUAUGGACUAUCAAACUGCAGAUUCAGAUCAUGUAUUGAAGAGAACAAGACCUUUUGGGAUAUCAGAUGAAGUCAACAAUCUACCAGUAAAUUUGCUUCCUGUUGCAUACUCUAGCCAGAGCCAUGGUCAGAGCUCCUAUUCCUCUGAUGACUUGCCUAAAACUGUUGUGAUGACUCUCAAUCAAGGUUCAAUUGUCAAAAGUAUGGAUUUCCAUCCACUUCAACAAAUUCUACUGCUUGUUGGAACAAACAUGGGCGAUGUCAUGGUGUGGGAUAUAGGCAGCCGUGAAAGGAUUGCGCAUAAAAAUUUUAAAGUCUGGGAACUUGGGGCAUGCUCAGUGGCUUUACAGGCAUCUCUUUCCAAUGAUUGCACAGUAUCAGUCAACCGUGUGGUGUGGAGUCCUGAUGGAACACUAUGCAGUGUAGCUUAUUCUAAACAUAUUGUACACAUAUAUUCCUAUCAUGGUGGGGAUGAUCUUAGAAACCAUCUAGAGAUUGAAGCUCAUGCUGGGAGUGUCAAUGAUCUUGCCUUUUCUUAUCCAAACAAACAACUUUGUGUUGUGACCUGUGGAGAGGAUAGGGUUAUUAAGGUAUGGGAUGCAGUUACAGGUACAAAGCAAUAUACUUUUGAGGGACAUGAAUCACCUGUAUAUUCUGUAUGCCCUCAUCACAAAGAAAGUAUUCAGUUCAUCUUCUCAACUGCAACUGAUGGAAAAAUAAAGGCGUGGUUGUAUGAUAAUGUUGGUUCUAGGGUUGACUAUGAUGCACCUGGUCAUUCAUCUACCACAAUGGCUUAUAGUGCUGAUGGAACAAGAUUGUUUUCAUGUGGCACUAAUAAAGAAGGGGAGUCAUUUCUAGUGGAAUGGAAUGAAAGUGAAGGAGCUGUGAAGCGAACGUAUCAUGGUCUUGGGAGGAGGUCUGCUGGUGUUGUGCAAUUUGAUACUACUAAGAAUCGGUUCUUGGCUGCUGGUGACGAGUUUAUGAUCAAAUUCUGGGACAUGGAUAAUACAAACAUGUUAACAAGUGUAGAUGCAGAAGGUGGAUUACUGGCAUCUCCCUGUAUUAGAUUUAACAAGGAAGGAAUAUUGUUGGCUGUCUCCACAAAUGAAAAUGCAGUUAAAAUUCUAGCUAAUGCUGAAGGGAUUAGGCUGAUUCGGACAGUGGAGAAUCGUCCGUUUGAUGCAUCUAGAGUUGCUUCUGCAGCUGUUGUGAAGGCACCUACUAUUGGAGCUUUUCCUUCUACCAAUGUAGCUGUUGGAACAAGCCUCGCUGAUAGAGCUCCUCCAGUUGCAGCCACAGUUGGGAUUAAUAACGAUACUCGAAGUCUAGCUGAUGUCAAACCCAGAAUUGUUGAUGAAGCUGUGGAUAAAUCUAGGAUAUGGAAGCUAACCGAAAUUAAUGAACCAUCACAAUGCCGCUCCCUGAAACUUCCUGAUAGUUUAUCAUCAAUGAGGGUUUCUAGGUUAAUUUAUACAAACCAAGGGGUUGCAAUUUUGGCUUUGGCAGCAAAUGCUGUUCACAAGCUUUGGAAAUGGCAGAGAAAUGACAGGAACACUUCAGGGAAGGCUACUGCGAGUAUUCAACCACAACUAUGGCAACCAUCUAGUGGAAUAUUGAUGACUAAUGAUAUAAGUGAUACUAACCCAGAGGAUGCUGUGUCAUGUUUUGCACUGUCAAAGAAUGACUCGUAUGUUAUGUCUGCUUCAGGGGGGAAAAUUUCCCUAUUCAACAUGAUGACAUUCAAGACAAUGACAACUUUCAUGCCGCCACCCCCAGCUGCUACAUUUCUUGCAUUUCAUCCUCAAGACAACAAUAUUAUUGCUAUUGGCAUGGACGACUCUUCCAUACAAAUCUACAAUGUUCGAGUGGAUGAGGUCAAAACCAAGCUAAGAGGUCAUCAGAAGAGAAUUACCGGUCUUGCCUUUUCUCACUUUCUAAAUGUGCUUGUGUCAUCUGGAGCUGACUCUCAGUUGUGUGUUUGGAGCACAGAUCUAUGGGAAAAGCAAGCAAGCAAAUUCCUACAAAUGCCCAGUGGCCGAUCACCAGCACCUCUUGCAGACACUCGUGUCCAAUUUCACCUAGACCAGACACAUUUACUGGCCGUGCAUGAAACUCAAAUAGCCAUAUAUGAGGCUCCAAAGUUGGAAUGCCUAAAGCAGUGGGUGCCUCGGGAAGCUAGUGGUCCAAUCACACAUGCUACAUACUCAUGUGAUAGUCAGUUAAUAUAUGUAAGCUUUGAAGAUGGAAGUGUCGGCGUUCUUACUGCCUCAACUCUCAGAUUAAGAUGUAGAAUAAAUCAAACUGCUUAUCUCCAUCCCAAUCCAAGCUUGAGAGUGUAUCCUCUUGUGAUUGCUGCACAUCCCUCUGAACACAAUCAAUUUGCAUUAGGGCUUACUGAUGGCGGAGUACAUGUGCUUGAACCACUAGAGUCAGAAGGUAGAUGGGGUUCUCCACCUCCAACCGAGAACGGUGCUGGGCCUAGCACUACUUCAGGUGCCCCUGUUCCAGAGCAACCUCAAAGAUGACAUCACAUUAUGUAGUACUUUGUUAGGACCUUCUAGUGUGUGUUUGAUUGCAUAUGAUCCCGCCCCCUGGUGCCUCCGUUCGGUUUGCAAGGGGAAGAUGGGGAAGGUAGGUGUCUUUAGGUUAGGAUAAAUCAAUUGAAUCAAUCACCUUGUUAGUGGCUUCCUAACCAAUACCUGCUCCAUGGGAUUGGCAGAGUAUGUUACUCAUCUAGGAUUAUUAGUGUAAAUUCGGCUGGGGCUUUGCAGAGUGGAGGGUCAUUGUUAUUAUUAUUAUUAUUUUGUUUGCCUUUUUACUUUGGGCCUACCUUUAUUUGUGUAGUUUUUUUUUUUUUAAUAUAUAGUGAACUAGUCGUUAUAGUUUUUCUUUUUUCAGCUAAAGUUAGCUACUCUGAUAUUCAGUUUUAUUUUUACCUUCUGUGCAAGGAUUCUUUUAGAGCCAUCAUUAUGAAUGGGUUAAGUGUUUUAUGCAAUGAGGCUUUUUUAUGGACGUGUUAAAUAUCUGCAUUUGGUAUAUUUAGAUCUCGCAAUAACAGUUAUCAAAAUUGACUUUGAAUAUUC